AAGCAAGUCGUUCACCAUCACUUGACGCUUCAGCUGAAUUCCAACAACGAUCCCUGCCGGAUGUUUGCAUUUACAAACAGCCAUGAUACAUCGUAACACGGGCUCAUCCAUGCUCUCCAGUAUGAUUGGAAGAUAACGCUUGAGAUUCAUGAACCAAUAACGUUAUUUCUCGAUAUAACACAACAUAGAGAUGGCAGUAACUACUGUAACAACUAAUGGAUUGCCAGGGCGGAAUGACCACAACAAUAGACUAAGAAAAUUAAGCUUACAAGCAGUAUUUCCUCGACCUUCACUAUCUGGUUAUGCAGCUGCGAUAGCAAAUGCACGUGAAACUCAGCUGGCAGGAUUGCGACGCCGCAGGUUCAGCCGUGUGACUCACAAGCUGUUUCCAUCCAUCGGCUGGCGAGCGGCAAUUUCUCAGGACGAAGUUGUUAGUCAAGCCCAGAGUCUUUGUAGCCGCUAUCUUCGUUCGAAACUACGCUCGUGCGGACCUGUGCACAAGAAACUCGGACUACAACGCCUGAGAAGCCUCAGUAAGAUCUCCAACGACCCUGUCCUAACAGAGGUGGGAGAACACCUUCGCCACAUGGCAGGCCUCUUAGAGAGACAAAAUCCUCGUCUCUUUCACAGUGUCGUGGACGGUGUGGGAAUUCAGUCGCUAACUUCUGAAGCAGCUGUGUUGCAUCUAUUUCGGACUGUAGCUGACGAAGUCUUGCGACAAGACAUUUCUUGGGGCCGAAUCAUCGCUCUGUACUGCGUGGCCGGUGGACUAGCUUUUGACUGUGUCCGACUUGGACAUCCUGAAUACGUGUUAAAUCUGGUUCAAGGAAUGGGUUCUGUGAUAAAAGGAGACGUAGCAGCCUGGAUUGUUCAGCAAGGUGGUUGGGAAGCUCUACUAACUCGCUUUAAGGACACGAGCAGAGUGAGGAUUGUUCAUCUGAUCAUCAGCAGUAUUUCCUGUGCUCUGGUGCUGAUGCUUCUGGGAUACUGGAUCUCUUGACAUCCACUCUAAAACUACAGUUGUUGGUAUCUUUUAAGUGAGGAGUAAACGUUGAAGAAUAAACAUUUACUGUAGAGUAGAUGAUUCUAAAAAUCUCAAAGAAGCUUUAGGUGUAACGAUCCUAGUAGAGUAAAAGAUAAUCCCACUUUGAUGUUGUGUUUGAAUGAGAUUCAAAUUAGUGUUUAUCUUUUAGUUGUUUUGUCCUGUUGUUGCAUGAACAGAGUUAUAACUUAAAACGUUGUUACAUACCUCUGUGUGAAAAGUAUGCCUGACCAAAAAUUGUGAUCCUGAUGUAUAAAAAAGAAAGAAAAGCUGAACACUCCCCUCACCAUAUUGUGAACGUUGUGAGAUAAGGUUAACAAAGGUCAAUCCUGUUGCAUGAAGUGUAUCAUAUAUUUUAGCAACUGGAGAAUAAUAUGUGCUGGUUUUGAAAACGAAACUUAUGAAAAUAGAUGUACCUGUUUCAAAUCAAGCUUGUUGUACCCUCUGACAUGAUAUUGUUGUGCUAUUAUAACUUAAACGAUACAGUUUAUCUCAUACAACAAAAUGUAUAGACAAUAUAAAGUAUACACAACAAUCACGGAAAUACCUCGCGAAUAAUUUUAUUCGGAAGCUAAUAAGAUAUUUUCAGGAUGUCUUUUAAUUUCGCAUUUUUACAUUUCAUACCUUCUUUAUAAACUCAUAAUAAUGAGAUAUUUCCUGUAUUACCAAUAAUGGGACUUAAGAGUAGCAGCAUUUCGUAAAGUGAUGUCUCAAAAAGCACAUAACGUAAAAUAUUGACGUAAUUGCUUUUUUUUUGUAUGGUUAAUUUCGCUUCAUAAUAAUACUUUAAGUCAUAAUUGGUUCGACAAAAUGUCAAAAGAUAUUAAAUACAUUUGAUAUCAAAGAAGCUGUGUUAGAUAUUAUCGAGUAGAAUUAAAGCGCCUAAACGAAACCUAGAACGAAUGCUUUAAUAUAACACAAUUACUUUGUAUCUAAUAGGAAAAUUACAGUCCCAUCGAGACACGCAAAACUAACUUUUGUUAAAGCAGAAAAUAAUUUCUAUUCGUAUAAAUUUUAACAGCUCAUUGGUUUCUUAAUUUAUCUAAAAACGAUAAUGAAAACAUAAAAUAGCGAGAUACGAUUUCACGGACACUUACCUACAUCCAUUUACUGCACGGACACUUACCUACAUCCAUUUACUGCACGGACACUUACCUACAUCCAUUUACUGCACGGACACUUACCUACAUCCAUUUACUGCACGGACACUUACCUACAUCCAUUUACUGCACGGACACUUACCUACAUCCAGUUACUGCACCGACACUUACCUACACCCAUUUACUGCACGGACACUUACCUACAUCCAUUUACUGGUUAUCAAUUGUUCUUAUAAACAAUAAUAAACCCAAUUUUAAAUACUAAUUAAAAAUUGAUGACAAUAAUAUGAAUUUCGUAAUAACAUGAUUAAUGUUAUCAUAUCAUUUAUACUUCAUGGUUGUUAAAAUGAGCAAAAAUAUAUUGUCAACCACAGUAAAGAUAUUAAAGUAUUUCUUGUUUUCGUAAUAGUGAUCUUGAAAGUAUUCAUGUCGUAAUCGGCUUUUACUCGGAGAUAAAAGAUGAGAAUUAUCUUUAAGACAUUUAGUUACCUUUACAAAUAUUUAUUAAACGAUUUUUUUUUCAUACAAAGCUGCCAUUAUAUUGUUAUAACCUACAAGAAGAACUCUAAAUUCCUCAUAUGUGCCAAUUAUAUCUUUGAAUUAAACAUUCUUUCUAGAGACGUAAAAUUUAAUACCUUAAGGUAAAUUUUAAACCAUACACUUAACUUGAUAGUUGCAUUAAUCGGUUUAAAAAUAAAAACGAGUGAAAUGUAGUUUGCAUAUGUUUCCCACUUACAAUGAUGUAUCCAGAAGUUUCAUUUUGUAAGCAAAUUUACCAUAACGUUUAUGUUCGUGCACUUUUGAUAUUUCAUCUUGGAUGCGUAUAUUAAGAUAAAUUGUUUAUCUUAGAUAUAACAAACAGAGAAUGUGUAAUGUGCUACCAGUUGAUUGUUCAUUUUGUGUAUUAGAUAAUCACCUUGAUAAUAACGGAAAUAAAACGAUGUCGUUCCUACACUAAGAUUUACAGUAAUGUUAAAAUACUAAUAUGCUGACAUAUACAAGUGUUUAUUCCUGUUAUUACAUUAGCAAAAAAUAGCUAAUUGCCAAAAAUUAAUACAUUAUAUUGUCAUAGGUUUAUUUAUGCUUUAACAUGUUGUCAAAAGUUAUAAAAUUUUAUAUCAUUUGCUUAAUCAAAUAGAAAUAAAUAAUAUUAUUUAGUUUAUUUUCGGCGUGAUUAACAUAUGAAGCAACUUAUAUAGGUAAAAAUAAAUGCUUAUCAAAGACUGCAUAUUUCGUUUCACUGAUAUACCCAAGCUUUGAAAAUUAUUAACCAGCUAUCACAUUGUUUAUCUUUAUUUCAAUUUAAACUAAACACUUAUUUUUAAUAAAAAUCAUAAAUCCUUUUAUGAAACUAGUAUAUCCUGUUACAGUCAUUCGUGUAACGGUGACUUAUGUGAAUAUUACACUUUCUUAGAUAUUUCAUUAUAGUGUCGAAGCUUUAUGAUUUGUAAGUUGGAUCCAGUAAAUGAAUUUCUGUCUUUCACGAUAUAUUUUAGUAGCAAUCUAUGUGUAAAGUGUGGAACUGUGUCCCAAUCAAAGUAGGAGUUCAUGAAAGGUUUCUAUGUCUGCUAUAUUUAGAUCUGCUUAUCAUUCCAUCAAUAUUCUGCUGUAAAUAUGCAGAAGGGAGAUUUUGAUUUAUAAUCUGUCGCUUUUCUUUAACAGACAAAAGGAGAAAUGGGUAUAUAAUCGCAGGUGUGUUCCAAAUAUAGUUUAUGAUCAACUCCCAGAAAUAAUAAAAACGCUCCUUUAAAGUA